AAUGACCCAGUCCUGGACCCAGGUGGCCUCCCUUGGUGAGCGUCCCCAUCAGGUCUGAUCACCACUGUGGCUCAAAGACUCUAAGGUGUAGCCAGCAUGAUGGAUGAUGACACCGAAUUAAGGACUGAUGGAAACUCACUUUUGAAGGCUGUGUGGCUGGGGAGGCUCAGGCUGACCAGGCUCCUCUUGGAAGGGGGCGCUUAUAUCAAUGAAAGCAAUGACAAAGGCGAAACGGCUCUCAUGGUGGCAUGCAUCACCAAACAUGUGGACCAGCAAAGCAUCAGCAAGUCCAAGAUGGUGAAGUACCUGCUGGACAACAGGGCAGACCCCAAUAUUCAGGAUAAGUCUGGCAAGACUGCCCUCAUCCACGCCUGCAUCAGAAGAGCUGGGGGAGAAGUGGUCUCCUUAUUACUGGAGAAUGGAGCAGAUCCCAGCCUGGAGGAUCGCACGGGGGCUUCAGCUCUGGUUUAUGCAAUAAAUGCAGAUGACAAGGAUGCACUGAAACAUCUCCUUGAUGCUUGCAAAGCCAAAGGCAAGGAGGUGAUUAUUAUCACAACAGAUAAAUCAUCUUCAGGCACCAAAACCACCAAACAGUAUCUUAAUGUCCCUCCUUCACCCAAAGAGGAAGACAGGCAGUCGCCUCCACUGUGUGCAUCCCCCUCUGAUAUUGAACUGAAAGCCCCAGGCCUGGGCACUCCGCCCAGUGAGAAGGACGACUUCUUCAGCCUCCAAUCAGGGCAUCCAAUCCAGGGUGGUUGCAACACCUCUAAGGCUCUUAAUGAACCCGGGUCACCCACUAGGAAAGUCGGGAACCUCAAAAGGGCCCGUUUACCCCAACUGAAGAGGCUCCAGUCUGAACCCUGGGGCCUGAUUGCACCCUCUGUGUUGGCGGCCUCCACACGCCAGGACGAGACCCACGGUGCCGGCACAGACAACGAGGCCCUCAAGAGCAUUAGUGACGUGUCCUUCCCUAAACGGGGACCUCUUUCCAGAACCAACAGUAUUGACAGCAAAGACCCCACCCUCUUCCACACAGUCACAGAGCAGGUCCUGAAGAUUCCAGCCUCUUCGGCACCGGCCUCCUGGAAGGCAGCCUAUGAGAAAAACCAGGCCUCCCACCCCCGUCUGGCCAGGAGAGGGACUCUCCCUUUUGACCAAGAGAAGAGUGGUAUCUGCCCGUCCGGCCCAUCUGCUCUCAAAGAUGCAGUGUCCCUCAGACGGCUGGAAAAUGACUUCUACGAUUUAGAUUCACAGCCAGGGGCUGACCCACCCAACUCUAUCUCCCUUGAAUCCGGCAAAGGACCCUUAGAUCGAAAGAAGCUCAACAGCUCCCACUUGUCUCUCUUUCAGGGCUCCAGGGAGUCCCCGGAUGCUGUGCCCAGCACAUCCCCCAGCUCCGCGCGCCGCAGGCCACCCCACCUUCUAGAAAGACGAGGUUCUGGAACUCUGCUACUAAACCGAAUUUCUCAGACCAGGCCUGGCUUCCUUCCACCUUUAAAUGUAAAUCUGAACCCACCGAUCCCAGAUAUUAGAUCGAGCAGCAAACCCUCCUCUCCGCUUGCUAGUGGCUUAAAAUCCAUGGUUCCUGUGGCUCCAAGCUCACCAAAGAGAGUUGACUUGAGAAGUAAAAAGAAACUCCUCAGAAGGCAUUCUAUGCAAGUUGAGCAGAUGAAGCAGCUGUCUGACUUUGAAGAAAUCAUGACCUAGAUGCUUUUGGAGACGGUUUCUUUUAAUCUAUGUAGCUUAUGAAAAGAACCAUAAUGUAGACCCACACAGCCGCACAGUUCUCCGUAUCCUCAUCAUCCCUCAAUGUUGGUGUGUGGCUGCUUCAGAAGACAUGGAGACAGGGUGCUGCUCCCCUCCUGAAAUCACACCUGGGUUCUUAUCCGCCUGCUUGAAAAGUGCAAAAGGGGUUUUGGAGAGGAAAUUACCCAAAAAAUUCUCCCAAGGAAGAAAACCUUUGGAGUUUGAAAGUCACAUAGCAGGUACAAUGAUC